AUUCUGUAUCUAAUCUGUAGUGAAAAUGUGACUUAGUGUGAUUCCGUAACUUUUACCAUAGUGAAAAUGCGAGCCAUUUCACGGGAGUUCGUACGGCAAGAAAUUUCUUGUCGAUUGGUGAAAUCAGAGAGAGAAGGACUGAGGAUAGACAGAGAAAGUAGACAAUGUUGCGUGACGCGUUUUUGUGACGGUUUAUAAUUGUAAGGUUAAGUGUCAUCGUUUCGCACAUAUUCCCGAAAGUCCGUUAACAGCAGAAAUGGCAAUAUACAUGGGAGCAAUUUUAUUAUUUCGUGACGAAGAGGAUGAUGAUUUUGAACAUAAUCGAGUUAUGAGUGUUACACGUAGACUACUCAGAGAUGCAUCAGAUCCUUUUUCGAUUUCUGAUAACGAAUUUCGAAAACUAUAUAGACUGACAAAAGAUGUAAGUCGUACAUUGAUUGACGAAUUGGUUCCAUAUAUGCCGCAGAAAUUACGAAAAACUGCAAUAUCUUAUGAAUUACAAAUAUUGGCAUCAUUAAGCUUCUUUGCAUCUGGAUCUUAUCAAAGAAGAAUUGGCCAAGAUUUUUUAACAUGUAUGUCUCAAACAUCAUUCAGUCGUUCUAUUCAUACGACUGUCAAUGCACUGAAUUGUGUGAUGGACAAUUGGAUUCGCUUUCCAGUAACUGCUGACAGAAUUCAAGAAAUCAAACAAGGAUUUUUUCUAAAAGGUGGUUUUCCAGGAGUAAUUGGAGCAAUUGAUGGAACACAUGUCGCCAUUUUUCCACCCGAAGUUGAGAGGGAAUAUUUAUUUAUUAAUAGAAAAUUGUACCAUUCAUUAAAUGUGUUAGUUAUUUGCGAUUCUAAGUGCGAAAUUCUCGCUGUAAAUAGUGCUCACGGUGGCCGAACACAUGAUUCUCGAGUAUUACGAUCAUCGAGAAUAUUUGCUCAUUUACAACGGAGACACAGAGAGGGUGAGACAGAUUCCUGGCUUCUAGGUGAUUCUGCAUAUCCUCUUUUACCUUUUUUGUUAACACCAAAAUUAAAUCAAGAAGAAAGAACUCCAGGCGCAAGAUAUACAGAUCACCAUACACAAACUCGUGUAGCUAUAGAGCAAUGUUUUGGUAUUUUAAAAGGUCGCUGGCGUUGCUUACGUAAAGAACGAGCUUUACAUUAUUCUCCACAGUUUGCUGCUCUCAUUGUCNAUGCUUGUUGCGUUCUGCAUAAUAUGGCAAUGAGAUGGGGAAUUCCUACUGAUGAAAUACAUCUCGACGAUCUAGACAUUGAGCCGCCGAUACCAUAUGCUGUUAACGACAUAAGUGGAGAACAAAUCCAAAAUCAAGUAAUACAGUGGUAUUUUACUAAUUAAUNUAAGAACAUCAAUAUAAAUGUCGAAUUGUACAUAAAUUGCAUAAAAAUAACAUUUUAAUAUUUGUAUUUUUGAAUUGUAAAAGAAAUAAUAUUGAAACAUUAUUG